CGCGCCCGCCAGAGCUCAGAAGGGAAUUUUCCACCGAGCAACACGGACGUGUGAUCGUGUACUUGCUCUGCUCUGUGAACUCCAAGUGGACUGGCGACUUCUUGGCAUCUGCUGAGCCGUGUUGGUGUCCCUUGAAGCACUCACCUUGUGCUCCCAUGAAUCAAGACACGCAAUCCGGAACCACGAAACCACUGUGAGCAGAACAUUAGCCAAGAUAGUUAACUCUGCUAUCGAUUAUAUACCGGAAAGUCGGUGACUUCAUUUUUCAGUCGCGUCCCCAUUGGCCAAGCAUUCCCCAAACAGAUCUAUGAUGGUGCGGUACGCCCAAGUAGAGCACGGGGCGCCCUUCCCAGACACACCUGAGGACCCGCCGCACAUCACGGACCUGAAGCAGAAGAGAUCGUCCAAUGCGGAGGAGACGGGAUUGGACCCGACUCUGGCUUGCCUCUAUAGGAUGAGUUUCGGAGCCUCCCAGCUGUACGUGUAUGCCCUGGCCUGGAUUGCUGUCAUUAUCUGUGCUCCCGUCUACGUCGACUACAACUUUCUCGUCCGUCAGGUGCCAACUCGAUGCAUGGUGCCAUCCUGCGACAACAAUGAGACCUCCUACAACGAGACUUUCGUGGAGUGGACCAUCCCAGAGAAGCAACAGUGCAAGAUGUACCAGCCUAAGAACGACAGUAACCAGUGCAUGGAGGAAGACUUCACGAACGUCACUGAGACCUGUAGCGAGUGGGUGUACGACACUUCCCUCUUCACCUCCACCACCGUCACCGAGUUUGAUUUAGUGUGUGAUUCUGACUGGCUGAGGCCCCUGGCUGGAUCCAUGUACAUGCUGGGCAUGUUGUUGGGCGCCAUCACCAUUGGGGACUUGGCUGACCGUUUUGGAAGGAAGAUGGGCCUUAUGGUGUCAGUGUUGCUGUUGGGGGGUGGUGGAGUGCUAAGUGCUGUGUCCCCUAACUACACCAUGUUCCUCAUCAUGCGCCUGCUGACUGGAGCUGGAGGUGUUGGCCUCUUCCAGGUCACCUUUGUACUUGCUGUUGAGUUCAUCGGUGCCAAGUGGCGCACCUUUGUCGGCAUCAUGAUUGAGGUUCCCUUCGCUCUGGGAGAAGCCAUGACAGGAGUGUUUGCCAUCUUCAUCAGGGACUGGCGGUGGCUGCAGGUGGCUGUCACUGCUCCUGCCUUCCUCCUCCUCUCUUACAUGUGGCUAAUGCCCGAGAGUGUGCGUUGGCUGGUGUCUCAGGGACGUAAGAGUGAAGCCAUCAAGAUCAUCAACAAGGCAGCCAAAGUCAAUGGAGUGGAAGUACCCAAACAUCUCCUGGAGGACACAAACCCUGAGGUUCCCACAGUUGAUGGCACAAUAUCAGUGACCAAUAGCAAAGAUGACCUGGUGAAGGAAGGUCAACCACUCAAGGUUAAGAAGACUGUGCUUGACCUCUUGAAGACCCCAAACAUGAGGAAGCGAUCCAUCAACAUGUUCUACUGCUGGGCUGUCUGCACACUGGUGUAUUAUGGACUCUCCUCAAACUCAGGGAAUCUGGGUGGCAAUAUAUUUGUCAACUUUAUUGCCACCAUGUUGAUUGAGAUUCCCUCCUAUGUGUUCUCCUACUUGGUUCUUGACAGAAUGGGCAGGAAGGGCACGCUCACCUUUGUCCUUUUGCUUGGCGGCGGCGCUUGCUUCAUAUCCGGAUUUAUACCAAAAGAGAUUGAAUGGCUGAUAGUUACCCUGAGUCUGGUGGGUAAAUUUGGAAUUGCUGCUGCCUUUGCCAUCGUGUAUGUCUACUCAGCUGAGAUCUUCCCCACGGAGUACAGGAGUGUGGGGAUCGGCGCGUGUUCCAUGUGUGCACGCAUUGGAGGCAUCCUUGCUCCCUUCAUCAGCUCCCUGGCCACCAUUUACCAGCCACUGCCACUGCUUGUCUUUGGUGUGCUGUCCAUAAUCUCUGGUCUCCUCAUCAUCCUCCUGCCUGAGACUGUUGGGUGUGAGUUGCCACAGACCCUACAAGAAAGUGAAGAUUUUGGCAGUGACCAGUCCAUCUGGUAUUUCUCCUGCUGCAAAUCAAGAAGCAAUGAUUUAACAGGAGAAGUUAAUGAAGGUUUAGAAGAACAGAAAAUUUAAUGAAUACAUUGAAAUAUCAUCAGGUGUAGUUUAGGACAUUGCAGUAUUACAUAUACCUAACGUUACUGUAAGGGAUCUCUGUGAUGGCUUGAAAUGCACUCAAUAAGUUCUGGUAAUGUUUUGUUCCAAUAUUGUGUAAUAUUAUUUUUAUACUCUCAUCAGAAUGGUGCAGUUUCAAUAGUUUAAUGAGGUUUCUUGUACUUUUUAUGAUAUACAGUGUGUAUUUCUUGUUUUACUUUGACAAAAUGAAUAUGUUUUUUUAAUGUUUUAGCAUAGCAAAAGUAAAUAAUUUUGUAAUGUUUUUAUUUGUAAAAUCAUUAGCACACUUUUCUUUUAUAUUUUAAUGUUUUACUAUAAUGACUGUAUUUACAUGGCAUGAAAAUCAUAUCUGUAAUUUUAAAUAUGCAAAUGAUAGAUGAUAUCAUAAUGAUGCUGCAUGUCAUAUUAGUUAAGUCUUCGAUUCAUCAAAUAUGUAUAACAGUGAACUUCAUUGUCCAACUCCUCUCCUAUGUGCAGUCACUCCAGUCUCUCUCAGUCUAAGGAGAAACAUAAAUCAUUAUGUGCAGUGACCCUGCAUUAAACUGACUUUUCUAAAUGCAGGUUAUUUCACAUUUUAUAGUAUUCCUGCCCUUGCCACAUUCCAUGAUAAUGCAAAACUAUUCACGAAAUCAUUUUUGACACUAUUCAUUGUGGAUAAAUCAUCAGAGGCACUCUUUACAAUAAGGAGACUGGCUGUCCUGCUCUCAGUCCUGCCAACACAGUAAGGCAUACUUAUAUCCUUUGCUCAUAUUCAUGGGAAAAAAUGUUAUAUGAUUGUACAUGCUCAUGUAUGUACAUGUGAUGUGCUAGCUUGUAUGCAAGAUAUAUGUUCUUCUUGGAGACUGUUUUGGAAAGUUCAUUAUUGUUCUGAAUUAAGGACAAAUUUUGACUUUCAUGUAACUUCUCUCUUCACACUCAUUUCACUUCUUGAUAUGCGAUAGUUCCAACAAAUCCAAUGAAAAUUUUCUUUUUCAUUUGUCCUACAUAGUUAUGAAAUUAGUAUUAAGUAAUUAUAGAGAGUUUUAUAUUCCAAAAUAUCUUGAUAUUAAUUGUCUGUUGUGUUUUCUCUGAAUUUUCUUUUGACAAUGCAUAGAUUAUUAGUGGCAAACAAGAAACUUAAAACAGGAUUAGUAACACUUGCAAAGCAUUAUCUGUAUAACUAGCUUAGUUACUGAUCUCUUGACUGCUAUAAUGUUGCUUCCAGAAUGCAAUUAACCUGUGGUUUGAGAGUGAAAAGCGAAUGUGGAGAAGAAAACAGGUGUUGUUGAGAUGAGUAAUAAUGAGUAAAGCCAGUGUCCUGGGAGGGCUAUGAUUAGUUCCUGUAGUGGUAUUUGACAACUGUUCCAGAAAACUCAAAAUUAAUAUUUAUAGAAGACUUGAGACAUUCCAGUCUAUCAUGUAAAUUUCAGGAUUAUUCAUUGGGUGUAAUGUUGCUUUGGAUUAUUCAAUGAACUCAUGAAAAACAGUUUUGUUAUCAUUGUUUUUAAGGUAUUUUUAUUGAUAAGUGUAUGUUAUUAUCAUGUGUUAUGCUAUAACAUCAUCAUUGCUUCUUGACUUGGUGACAGUAUUCAUAUUUACUGUUUCACAAUUGUGAGGCUCAUCAUGUUCAUUUAAACAUUUUUCUGUACCUUAAUUAAAGAUAUUUUUUGCAUGUAAAGCAGAAGAGUUAAAUCAAAAAGAAAAUUGUGAUUCACCUACUUUGGACUGGAUUAUGUAUCCCUUGAGGAUUAGAUAUUUAAUUGUCUGUACCUUAGAGUUUGCUAUUGUAAAAGAUGUUGAAGUGGUCUAUGAGGUCCUUCCUUGGCACUGUUUUAGGAUGGAAUUGUUGUCAUGUUCUGGCUGAUAUUACAUAGGUUAUGGAAUGUAAAGUUAACAAAGGAUAAGAGCAAAGACAUUUCUGUGAUAAUUUUUUGUCAAGGGGAACAGAUCAGAUUUUUUUUCUGGGAAAUCAUCCAACUUCAUGUUUUAAUAGUAAGAUUUUGAAGCUCAAUGAAGAGUUUGUGUAAGAGAAAAAUUUUGUAUCACAUAGGUCAGUAGAAUAAGUGUAGAGGUGAUGAAGCCAUCUUUGAUGUGAACUUAAAAGACAAUAGGGUUCUGCUCAUUUCAACUUGUGAUCUCAGAUGAGACUAUCGUCUGCAGCAAUAACUCAGUAGCAGGUCCAAACUUGUUAAUGUGAAAGGUGCAUAUGACCAAUUUCCAAUGGCCAUAAUAGUUUGAAGUGGCUGGGGAAAAUAUAAUGCUGUGUAAUAAAAAUCAGUUAUGCAA